AUGCCGAGGGAUGUGAUUUUAGUUGUGUGGUUCUGUGUGUGCACCGCCAGGACAGUGCUGGGCUUUGGGACGGACCCUGACCUGCAGAUGGAUAUUAUCACCGAGCUCGACCUCGUAAACACCACCCUUGGAGUGACUCAGGUGUCCGGACUGCACAAUGCCAGCAAAGCAUAUUUAUUUCAAGAUUCAGAAAGGGAGAUCCAUGCAGCCCCUCAUGUGAGUGAGAAAUUAAUCCAGCUGUUCCGGAAUAAGAGUGACUUCACCUUUUUGGCCACUGUACAGCAAAAGCCAUCGACUUCAGGAGUGAUCCUCUCCAUUCGAGAGCUGGAACACAGCUAUUUUGAACUGGAGAGCAGUGGUCUGAGGGAUGAGAUCCGAUACCACUAUAUGCAUAACGGGAAGCCCAGGACCGAGGCGCUUCCGUACCGGCUGGCAGAUGGACAGUGGCACAAGGUCGCGUUGUCCCUUAGUGCCUCUCAUCUCCUGCUCCACGUCGACUGCAACAGGAUUUAUGAACGUGUGAUUGACCCUCCUGAAACCAACCUUCCCCCAGGAAGCAACUUAUGGCUUGGUCAACGCAACCAAAAGCAUGGCUUAUUCAAAGGAAUCAUCCAAGAUGGGAAAAUCAUCCUUAUGCCAAAUGGAUACAUAACUCAAUGUCCGAAUCUGAAUCGCACUUGUCCAACUUGCAGUGAUUUCUUAAGCCUGGUGCAAGGAAUAAUGGAUUUGCAAGAGCUUUUGGCCAAGAUGACUGCAAAAUUAAAUUAUGCAGAGACGAGACUUAGUCAGAUGGAAAACUGUCACUGCGAGAAGACCUGUCAAGUGAGUGGACUUCUCUAUAGAGAUCAAGACUCCUGGGUUGACGGGGAUCACUGCCGGAACUGCACUUGCAAAAGUGGUGCUGUCGAAUGUCGAAGGAUGUCCUGUCCCCCUCUCAGUUGCUCCCCAGACUCCCUCCCCGUGCACAUUGCUGGCCAGUGCUGUAAGGUUUGCCGACCAAAAUGUAUCUAUGGAGGAAAAGUCCUUGCAGAAGGCCAGCGGAUUUUAACUAAGAGCUGCCGGGAAUGCAGAGGUGGAGUUUUAGUAAAGAUUACAGAGGCGUGCCCUCCUUUGAACUGCUCAGAAAAGGACCACAUUCUCCCAGAGAAUCAGUGCUGCAGUGUCUGUAGAGGUCAUAACUUCUGUGCAGAAGGCCCUAAAUGUGGUGAAAACUCAGAGUGUAAAAAUUGGAAUACAAAAGCUACCUGUGAGUGCAAGAAUGGUUACAUUUCUGUCCAGGGAGAUUCUGCUUACUGUGAAGAUAUUGAUGAGUGUGCAGCUAAGAUGCAUUACUGUCAUGCCAAUACCGUGUGUGUAAACUUGGCUGGGUUAUAUCGCUGUGACUGUGUCCCAGGCUACAUCCGAGUGGAUGACUUCUCUUGCACAGAGCAUGAUGAAUGUGGCAGCGGGCAGCACAACUGUGAUGAGAAUGCCAUCUGCACCAACACUGUCCAGGGACACAGCUGCACCUGCAAACCGGGCUACGUGGGCAAUGGAACCAUCUGCAGAGCAUUCUGCCAAGAGGGCUGCAGAUACGGUGGAACGUGCGUGUCUCCUAACAAAUGCGUCUGUCCUUCUGGAUUCACAGGAAGCCACUGUGAGAAAGACAUUGAUGAAUGUGCCUUAAGAACUCAUACCUGUUGGAAUGAUUCUGCCUGCAUUAACCUGGCAGGGGGCUUUGACUGCCUCUGUCCCUCUGGGCCCUCCUGCUCUGGCGACUGCCCCCAUGAAGGAGGACUGAAGCGCAAUGGACAGGUGUGGACCUUGAAAGAAGACAGGUGUUCUGUCUGUUCCUGCAAGGACGGAAAGAUAUUCUGCCGACGGACCGCUUGUGAUUGCCAGAAUCCAAGUGUUGACCUUUUCUGUUGCCCAGAGUGUGACACCAGGGUCACAAGUCAAUGUUUAGAUCAAAAUGGACACAAGCUCUAUCGGAGUGGAGACAAUUGGACUCAUAGCUGCCAGCAGUGCCGGUGUCUGGAAGGAGAGGUAGACUGCUGGCCACUCCCUUGCCCCAAUCUGAGCUGUGAGUACACAGCCAUCUUGGAAGGGGAGUGUUGUCCCCGCUGUGUCAGUGACCCCUGCCUGGCUGAUAACAUCGCCUACGACAUCAGAAAAACUUGCCUGGACAGCUAUGGCAUUUCAAGGCUUAGCGGCUCAGUGUGGACAAUGGCUGGAUCUCCCUGCACAACCUGCAAAUGCAAGAAUGGACGUGUCUGCUGCUCUGUGGAUUUGGAGUGUCUUCAUAAUAACUGAAGUAUUUAAAAUGGACUCAUCACUGUGGGAGAAGAAUGGAUGAAAUGAAAUGAAACGACCAUCCAGCAUGGUGAAGAACAGGAGUUGGUGUUUAUUUGUUUUUGUUUUUUUGUUUUUUUACCACAGACAGUUACCAAAGUCUCCGUCUGAGGAAGGUGUUCGGGGGUUGCCUUUUGGACCUACCACUUUGUUCAUUCUUGCUAACCUAGUCUAGGUGACCUACAGUACAGUGCUUUUAAGUCUCUGGUUGUUAAAAGAAGUUUCCCGUGUUGUAAAUCACAUGUUUCCCUUGCCAAAUCAUUUGCGAAUACAUUUAAAUGAUCUCAUGGUAAAUGCUGAUGUAUUUUUUG